UGGCUUUGACGGCGAAUAGUCAGAUCAACAGUUGUUUGUUUUCGCUGAUGUGGCAGACGACUUUUCAGCGCUCGAAGGAACCAGGACCAGGACAGAGAAGAGGGAAAACUACUCUUUUGGUCGGGGUUUUUCAAGUUUGCUGAGGCAAACAUGCGGCAGUUAAAGGGGAAAGUGAAGGAGACCAAUAAGCAGAAAAAGGAAAGAAAGAAGGAGUUCAUUGAGAACAAGCAACGGGUGUUCACCAUUGUCUUACCAACCAUUGGCGUAUUGUUCGUACUUAUGGUCUUGUAUGUUUACUUCAAAGCUAGUCGACCUAAAUCCAACAUCGACUAUUAAGGACUACAUAUUUUGGUUUCUGAUCCGACCCAGUCUUUGAUUUGACCAAAUUCGCUGACAAUAACUGGAGAUUGACAAGAAUCCCAACAUCUUCCCUCACAUUUUCACAUUCCUCUUUUCUGUGACCCAAAUUAGGAUGGCAUUUGUGAUUUGUUGAAACUGCUGAUGUUUAAAAUGGAUCUUGUUUUACUUCUUGUCUGGUUCUUUACAUCGUUCAGUAUUGUUUCUUCUGAUUUGUGAUAUAUUAGGGCCUUGAACUGUACUUAAGGUUUAUUUUGUCAGUGCUACAUUUAUGACAGAUAUCUCACUCUUUUAGGUUGUAUAUCUUGAGACUGCAAUAUUUACCUGUUGUCUAAUGUUAAUAUUUAUUCUUUGUGUUGUCUGGUCUAGCUUUUGGAAAAUGUGUUUUUUAAAUUGAGAUUGUUUUCAUAUUCAGAUGCAAUUGAAAGACUUGUCAAAGCACCGGUUCAAAUCCUUCCAAGUUUUAAACGUUGCAGGUUCUUGUUACCCUGCUUGAUAUUUUGCUACAAUGUUUAGAAGUUGUUUUCCAAUUAAAUGUUUUGUUUUCCAUUGAAAAGAAAA